AUGAGGGCCUGGGAGCACAAGGAGUUGAUGGACAACUUUGACCGCAAAGGUAUGGAUCCGAAGGACUAUUACUGGUAUACGGAUCAGCGCCUGUAUGGGUCCUGUCCUCAUGGGGGCUAUGGCUUAGGUCUCGAGCGGUUCAUUACAUAUAUCCUCAACCGAUACCACAUCCGAGACGCCAGUCUUUACCCGAGAUUUGUGUCCCGAUGUAAGCCUUAA